UAAUAAACAAAUAUUCUUGGUAAUUUUCCUCCCAAAAAAUAAAAUUCCCGGGAAAUUAUUAAAUUAGUUAUGCUUUCUUCUAUUUUUACUUUUGGAAAUGCCAUGCUUUCUCCAUCAGUUCAGUUUCUCUUCUGUUUUAAGAAACGAACCAUAUCUUGACAUCUCUCUCUCUCUCUCUCUCUCUCUAAGCUGUUUUUCUCUCUCAUCCACACUGGACCCCGGCGGCGCCAUGUUCGUCGACCCUCACUUCCCGUCACCGCCGCCGUCGACAACCGAUCAAAUUCCCUAGAUUCUCCGGCGAUGCUUUUCCCGGCCACCUAGGUCUCCCGCCGCCUUAUCCGACCGGGAUCCAAACAGCUCUCCGCCGUCCGAUUCGACUCCGAAUUGGUUGGUCCAACUCUUUCUCGAUCCAUUAUUUGCCGCUUUCCGUUCGAUUUUCUUCUCACGCAUCAUGUGAAAAGAUCUGUUCAGACUUCUCGAGAAAAGUCGCUCGGAAAUAUGACCAAAUUGAUUGCCCUAAUUCAAAGAAAAUAUCUUUUUCUUUGGUAAUAUAUGUCUUUAAAGCUGCGUGCCAUGUAAUUGGUUGGAUUGGUUGUUUUCAAUCACGGGACUUUUGUAUUAUGAGGAAUUAUAGGGAUGAUUUGAUUUGAUGGGUAGAGUUGAUAGAAAGAGGAAAGAUCGAAACUUGUUUUCCGGUUACCGGGAAAAUGACCGGCAAUCGAAUCGAUAUAUCUGAAUACUGCUUUUGCUAACUGUGGGGAAAUUUGCAUAGGUUAUAGUUGGUAUACUGAGGGUUUGGUUUUUAAUAGCAAUAGAUACCAAUAUGUCGAAGAUUUAUGUGGUGGAGGAAGAAAAGGAAGAAGAAGAAAGUGGUUUGUUGGAGAUGGGGUUAGAAAGGAGAGGUCGCCGAAAGGUUGGAUUAAGUGAUUGUCUUCUACUACAUGGGCUGAAUGAUGAUGUUGCUUUAACUUGUCUUGCUUGGGCUUCCAGAUCUGAUUAUGCUUCCUUGUCUUGCUUGAAUACGAGGUUUAAUUCGCUAAUGAAAAGUGGAUAUUUGUAUGAUUUGCGGAAGCAGUUGGGGGUUGUGGAGCAUUGGGUGUACAUGGUUUGUGACCCGAGGGGAUGGGAAGCAUUUGACACUAGGAGGAAUAAAUGGAUGAGAUUACCUAAAAUUCCAUGUGAUGAGUGUUUCAACCAUGCAGAUAAGGAGUCGUUGGCUGUCAGUAGUGAAUUGUUGGUUUUUGGCCGCGAGUUAUUAGAUUUUGCCAUUUGGAAGUUCAGUUUGAUAUGUCAGAAGUGGGUGAAGUGCGAAGGAAUGAAUCGCCCUCGAUGUUUGUUUGGAUCGGGAAGUCUAGGUUCAGUUGCUAUUAUUGCGGGAGGGAGCGACAGGAAUGGGAAUAUUUUGAAAUCAGCCGAGCUAUAUGAUUCCAAAACCGGGAAAUGGGAAAUGUUACCAAACAUGCACUCCCAACGUAGAUUGUGCUCUGGCUUUUUCAUGGAUGGAAAAUUCUACGUGAUUGGUGGAAUGACAAGUCCGACUGAAUCGUUGACUUGCGGAGAGGAGUACGAUCUGAAGUCAAGGAAGUGGAGGAAAAUAGAGGGUAUGUUUCCAAAUGUCAGUAGGGCUGCUCAAGCACCUCCCCUUGUGGCGGUUGUUGAUAACCAGCUAUAUGCAGUUGAGUACUUGACAAACAUGGUGAAGAAGUACAACAAGGAGAAAAACUCAUGGGAUGUGUUGGGGAGGCUUCCAGUUAGGGCUGAUUCUUCCAAUGGGUGGGGGCUGGCUUUUAAAGCAUGCGGGAAGGAACUUCUUGUAGUGGGUGGACAAAGGGGGCCUGAAGGUGAAGCUAUCGUGCUGAACUCUUGGUCCCCUAACUCAGGCGUCCGGAAUGGCACUUUGGACUGGAAGGUGAUUGGUACGAAGGAGCAUGUAGGGGUGUUUGUGUACAACUGUGCUGUCAUGGGAUGUUGAGGAUUUUCCUUUCAAUAAAUUGACUCACGCCUGAAGGAUCAGGUAUCUUAAUCUGACCUGAACUUUGUGUGCUUGCACAUUUAUCUGAUUGACCUGAACUUUAGUUAUUGCUGGGGUAGCGUCUCACAAGAUGGGAACUUGUUUUUAUUCUGUUUAACUUUUAUGUAUUGGUGUUCAUCACUUCUAUGAUCGAUACAGUCUGCUUUCAAGGCUACUGGUUAGAAGUUAUGGUGUUUUUAUCAUUUUGUUUUUACCAAGUUAUGUAUGAUUCGGGGCAAACUGCUUCAAGUCAAUAAUUUGCAAGAGCUGUAUUGUUUGGUGAUUCAAUGUUAUUUGAUGGUGCUUCAUGCUA